AUGGCAGCUUUGCCUAGCGAGCUUGUUGGUACUAUGGGACGUCGCUACCGUUCAAAGGAUCUUCUCCAAGAGAGACCACAUGCUGGACGUGUCUGGACAGCCUUAUCUGGACGGGACACCUACCUGAUGAAGGAUGUUCCCAUCAAUAUCUUCAGUCAUUUCAAGGAACUAAUACUACCACGAUUGAGCAAGCAGCCAAGCCCGUUGCUCCGAAUUCCAGUCGAUGAGAUACCAGAUCAGCACGUCCUUGUCUACAAAUACCUGACUGAAGACUUCCUGCGUCUGGUGCAGAAGGAGAUGUCGAUGCAGGCCCGACGAGAUGUUCUGCGGGCCACACUCCAGGCCAUAGCCGACUUGCACGAACGAGAUGUUGUUCAUCUGGGUAAAGACAUCAUCUUCCAGUAG